GGCAAACAGAUAACUUGAGGGCAGAGAAGGGAGCGUUCUACAGGGAGCAGUGGCAUGGUGAAGAGCGCACCAGUGGCAGGAAGAGUCCCAGAAGAUGCUUUCCUUGGGACACCUGGAUUGGACUCCAUCUUGUCAAGACCUGGCUCCUCAGUCUGCUACAUACUAACUACAUACUACAUACUAACUACAUACUAGCUACAUACUAGCUACAUAGUAGCUACAUAGUAGCUACACGAGGCUACUGAGCACCUAAAAUGUAGCUUGUAUCACUGGGGGACAAAAUUAGAGUUAACAAAUAACAAGCAGGAAAAUGGCUGGGGAGGUGACUCAGAAAGUAAGGGCAUUUACUGUCAAGUCUGAUUGUCCACACUUGUCAUCCCUGGGACCCACAUGGUAGGAGAGAUCUGACGUCUACUGAUCCUCCCCUCCCACUAUAGUAAAAAUGCACCCCGCACAUACACACGCACACAGAAAAGGAAGCGAUUAUUUUUUUCAAAGCAACCCAGAAUUUUAUCUAUCAUACCCAAACUGCAGAAAAUAAUGAAAUAAUCCAGGAAGUGAAAGAAUUCUCUUCAGAAACCAUAGAAACAGGAAUGAAUUAUUCUGAGUAUUCUGAGAAAAACAAAACCUAGAGUUCUAUAUCCUGAGAACUUACCCUUCAAACGUGAAAGAAAAAUCCAGUUUCCCAUGAAGGAAUGUGUCUGCCUGCUUUGAAUAAACUGUAUAUUCUUCAGGGGAAGGAAUCAAUGAUGGGUAAUUAGGAUGUUCUUUUUUUUUUUUUUUGAGACAGGGUUUCUCUGUGUAGCCCUGGCUGUCCUGCAACUUACUUUGUAGACCAGGCUGGCCUCGAACUCAGAAAUCUGCCUGCCUCUGCCUCCCAAGUGCUGGGAUUAAAGGUGUGCGCCAUCAUGCCCAGCUUUUUUUUUUUUUUUUUUGAAGCCUCAGUUUCAAACACUUUUCAGAUAACACAUUUUGAGAGGGACAGAUUUUAUUUCUAACAGAAAAAGUCAGGUUGUAAUUGAUCACAAUUUCUCCUUUCACAUUGUAUUUCUGAGAGCUAGAGAUAUCUCAAUGGGCUACAGGAUAAUUUUCUUAGGAUGAAUAAUUUCCACACAUAAAAUGUCAUGAAUUGAGUAUGAUUUUCACUAAUCUGUAUUUUUAACAUUGAGGUACUUUCUGCUUCCUUGUCUUUAAAUGUUGGUCAGCUAGGAGCAUAAGUUAAAUAGUGUGACUAAAGAUGUAUUAAAACCUCCAUCAAAGCAGUAUUUAGCUGAGUGGCAUACCAGCUAGGAAAUGAUGAGACCCUAUCUGGACCAGCAGUACACACAUUUAGCUGCUAACAACACAGAUAUGUAGGCUCACCAAGCUAUUUCUUCUGGUUCCAUUCACAUGGAUUCUAGAACAGUUUAUAUUCUAAAACUCAAAAGCUGAGAAGAUGGCCUCAGGGUUCUUAGCACUGUCUCGAACUACAUAUGCUACGGCUGAGUUCCUACGUCUUCAGAAAUGGUCCCUUCUAGUUGCUGAGCAGCUGGGAGGAAAGUGCAUCCCUUGCCAACUGACUAUAUCAUCAUAGACCACCUCACAGUGGGCUCCUUCCGGGACAGUGAUGACACACAGAAAGCACUGACUGCUUUGUAUUUCCUUAGAAAUCAACCCAGGGCAUCCUCAAGGAUCAAUAGUAGGUAGCUGAAAAUCUGAACGAAAGGCAGAAAUUCUGUGCGGCCUAGAGAAUGAGAAAUUAGAGGUCAGGGAGGAGAGGCAGAGAGGAAAGAAGAGUCAAGAACAGUGAUGCUCUUCAUGAAGCACAGAAGGGCAACUGCUAAAGCCAAGAGCACUGAGGAGAAAGAGAACCAGACCACAGAGCCAGCACAAGUGACCACACAGGCUUCCAGAAUAUGCAGCGAAAAGACCACCACAGCAGAACUGAGAGCUGUCACCUCACAGCAACCCAUGGUGACAGACGCAGAGUGGUUUGGUCUGAGUGCCGAGGAACAAUUGGCCUGGGCUAAGAGUACUAAAGAUCCUCGGAUUGCAGUAGGCUCCUGUUCCCCACUAGAAAAGAAAAUUAAGUGUUUAGGUGGCACCCAUUCUUCAGGAGUGAGAAAACUGUUAGUCCAAAAGUUCCAACAGGAGAGUGAAACAGUUGAUAAACUCAAGACCGUGUCUCCUGACUUCCGGUUUGCUCAAGCAGAUGCCUACUACCAUCAACAGCAACAGGAAAUGAUCAGAGAAUCAUGGAAUUAUAAACCAGAGGCAGAAUGGGACGCUAACCCAGAAGAAGAGAUGAAGCCAAAAUGCAAAAAAACAGAGAACGGUAAAAAAUGGGACUAUCUAGUAACCGAGAGGGAGAUGAAUCACAUAGAGAAACAUAUCCACAGAGCUGAGCGGGCUAGAGGCCUGAGGGACCACAAAUACCGACUCAUCCCUCAGAACCUCUCAUGUGAAAUGCUUUCCCCAAAGCCAGAGGAUGAGAAGAAAAAAACUAUCCCUAUCCCGAGACCACAUAAAACAGUACCCAAAAAGCCGAAAAUGGCCUGGGCAAAGGAGCAGAUGAAGCAACAUAAAGACCGGAUGAUGAGAGCAAGAGUGCUCACCGAGCAGAGACAGGACCAAAGGAAGACUCCAAAGUUCACCAGCCAUGGCCACCCUCACUUGAAAUCAAAAGCGAAGAAAGAGGAAAAGAAAGAGUUUGAAAAAGUCAAAGCCUAUCCCAUCUUCCAGCCUUCCAAAGAAAAACUGAUAGAAGUAAUGGUUCUCAUGGAAAAGUCGAAAUCGGAAAAUGUGCAAAAACCGCUCCAAAGGGGAAUUCUGUGUAUGCCACCGUUUUUGAAAAGUCAACUCGAAAAAAAUAAAAAGCUUAAGCUAUGUCCUUGAUUAUUGUGAUUUCUUAGAUGAGCAUAUUUCAUAGUAAUGAGUACAAUGAACUCCUAGAAACCAGACAUUGAAGCGGGUGGGGGUGGGGGAAUGGCAGCUCUAGACACACAUACCUGGUGUUGUACACAGUCUGGUGGUGCUGAGACCUCAAGCCGUAUGGUUCCAUUUUUAUAGUCAUCUCUGGGCUAGGAAUAAGAAAUUUAAAUGACAGAAUGACAGCUUAUGGUAUAAGAUUGGCGGAGGAGGGUCUGUAGUAUUUUUUGGUGAUGGUUGCAUGCCCCAUUAAUUGAUUUGAAGACACCAUAUCAUACCCUAAUUGAGUUGGAUUGUGUGUAUACACUCAACCAAGCCGUUUUGACAGAAAAAGAAAGGAUUGCUAGUGUUUAGAGAACAAAGUCUACACUUCGUUCAAAACCCUGAAGGCAGAGCAGGGGAGACAUUUCAGCAGGCAAAAGUGCUUGUUACCCAGGGCUUGAGUUCAGAUGCCCAGGAUUCAUGUAAAGGUCAGUCAUAGGUGCACAGGUCUGUAAUCCCAGUAUUCUGAUCGCUAGACAGAAAGAAGGUGGAAAUUAAAUCCCCAGAAACCUUAUGAGCAGUAAGUAGUACACGGUACAGCAGCAAACAAAAGGGGGCAGGAGAGGCCUGGAACCCAAAGCUACGCUCGAACCACUAGAUGUGCACUGUGGUAUGCAUGUAAUCCAAACAGACCUGCCUAUGUGCGUGCACACAUAUCACAUACAUACACAAAAUAUCACAUAUACACACACAGACACAUACACAAAAUAUCACAUACACACAUAUCACAUAUACACAUACACAAAAAGAAAGAAAAUCUUGAAGGCGUUGUGGUAAUCGCUAAGAAAUUGGCAAGUGGUUUGGAUAGACUAAUGGAUACUAAAUAGGUGUCUGAGCAGUGGUCUGUGCAAGACGGUCAAAAAAGACCACGAGGGUAGUACUGAUUGGUUAAGAAUGGGGAAGGGGGGGGCGUAUUUUAGAAUUAAAAAUCCUGCAAAAUAUGGCAAAAAUGUUGGUACAAAAAUCCUAAGAUUUGUGAAAUAGUUUUUAGUAUAUGUUUUUAAAUGGCCCAUGAGCUGACCAAUGAUCAGUUAACAUAGAUCCAGUCUCUUGAAGUUUAGGCACAUAAAAGGUUUUGGGACUACUCCCAAUAUAUAUGCAUUAUCAUAUAAAGCACCAGAAUCAAACAGUGGGAGGGAACCAGGGAGGGGCAGACAUCAAUCAAGUAUGUAGACUUGCCAGAUGGCUCAGCGGUAAGAGCACUCACUGACUGCUCUUCCAGAGUUCGAUUCUCUGCAACCACAUGGUGGUUCACAACCAUCUGUAAUGGAAUCUGAUGCCCUCUUCUGGUGUGUCUGAAGACAGCAACAGUGUACUCACAUACAUAAAAUAAAUAAAUCUUUUAAAAAAAAAAAAAAGAAUGUAGACUCAAGGUAUAAAAGUUCACAUCAAAUAGACAGCAGUAUCCAUGAGAGCUCAUUUGGAAAGGAAUUGGUAAUAGUGGCAUAAUAAAAGGAAAUAAAACUUGAGACAUGUUAUUCAUGUAAUUUAUUUCAAAUAGCC